GUGUUGGAGAUGGGUCGGUUACGAUGGUGCAGAAUGCUGCUGACUUGUGGCAAAUCAUUUCCAAGAAUGCUACGCAGAAGCACAUAGUUAGUACUGGUAGCGGACCAACACCGAGGGUCCAAGGGGGAAUCUCUGAUGGUGAAGUACUCCCGGAGGGUCGGGAGGAAGAGUUGUCCAAACCGAAGGGGAAAUGGUCACUGUUGGCCUCUGGGGAAUCUUCCCAAGGUGCGGUACUCAAACACCAUCAUCACUCGCAUGAGGAAGUGCACCCAGCUGAG